AUGGAGUUCUCGGGUAGCAUGGUUGGAAUGAUCGUUUGGGUGACUACGGGACCUCGUGCUAGUGCUACAUCUAAAACCCAGUGCACAUCAGUUACUAAUGCUUUUGCGAUUUCAGGUUCUCUGAUGGAGGAGCCAUCGGUGACAGUAAAAACGGAGCCACCUGAUGAGAUUCAAGAUGGAAGUGAGGACGCAAAAACAAUCGGUGAACACGAAAAGGUAGCUUUUAAUAGAUUCCAACUGAAUAUAAUGGGGUUUAUACUCUCCGCCAUGCUGGUACCGAUAGUGGUGAUGGCUUACGGUGAACGUUACUCAAUUCUCCGUCAAUUGGAACAGAUGAAACCUACCGUGAUUAUUCUCUACAACACGGAUAUUACCACAUUGAGGCAUAUUGAGAUCUACAAAGCAUGUCACUCCGAGCUGUUCCUCCAGAUUUUCUCACUCAUGUACAGGGAGUCGACUGAAGAGUCACGCUAUCUGACGGCGCUCAAGAAUGAGACGGAUGCGUUCGAAUCACUAUUCAAGGAAAAAGCGGUAAGUACCUAG